AUGACAUCAUUUCUUGACCGUCGGAAAUGUACUGGAAAGGCCGGAUUGAGCGAGUUGUCGGCAGCUAGGUGGUUCCUCCAGGGCGAUGUUGUCAUCUGCGUUUUCAUGGAAACGUCCUUUCUUUGCUUCUGUCUGUUAGUACCCCGCAAUACGCACCGUAUGGUUGAUGUCAGCGUCCGUUUCUCGUGAUGACCGCCUUUUUAUUCCACGCCCAAUUAAUUCUAGCGGGAAGCGCGGUGUGCGUUUGGGCACCUCGAUUUCCUCCGUCGAGCAUUUCGUAACGAAUGCCAUGCCGCUGGAGCACGGUAGCGACAAAAUCAAGCUGAAAACUGUGCUGAAAGAAGCAACCACGGUGGAUAACACUGUGAUAUUGACGACGCUGAAUGAGGCAUGGGCGGCUCCUGGUUCUGUUCUUGAUCUCUUCCUGGAGAGCUUUCAGACAGGAGAGCGCACGGUAAGGCUCUUGGAGCACUUGGUGAUCGUCGCUCUUGACGAGAAGGCGUACGAGAUAUGCAAGUCUAAGCAUACCCACUGCUACGCUUUGAAGACCGAAGGAGUAGAUUUCUCUCAAGAGAAGUUAUUUAUGACGGAGGAUUACCUGAGGAUGAUGUGGAGAAGGAUAGACUUUCUGAGAGUCGUCCUUGAGAUGGAUAUGACUUCAUGUUCACGGUAACUUUAUCUUUUCUGUUUCAACAGAUUUAUUUUUUUAAAGAACGUUGAUGGCCUACGAUUUUUGAACCUCGGAUUAUAUUUUUUUUAUAAAUCUGUUUCUCAAAAAAAUAUUCGGAAGGUUCCAGGGGCUAUCAUCAAGAUAGAGCAUGGAUAACAGAUUUCCACGAAUAUUGAAACUAGUCUGUCUAAAGUUAGCCUCUAGUACUUACCACAAAGAGUAUAGCCUCGAGAUUUCCUCUUUUCUCUUCUUUUUUUCUCUUCUCGGUAACGUUCCUGGGCCCCUGCUCUGUUGCCCAAGACAGCCUUCAACGACUGGAGCUUCUCUUUCAGAAACCCCUUGCCUUGGGAUUUUGAACUGGCUUUGGGUGAUAUAGAGAUGAUUAACGGUAGAAUUUCAUUCUUAUCUCACCAUAUUUUCCACCAGAACUUAAAGCUGAUCGAGUGUGAUUUCCAGAAUAUUUAAAGCUAUAGUGAUAGUGCAUAGGAUCAGAUAAGUCCGGGUAUCGGCCUUUUUCGAUCUAGGUUAGCUUGAAUCUGAACUCAAUUCAGUCAGAUCCCUCCUAGCGCGGAUUGAAGCAGCCACUGAAAAUCAUUAUCCAAGCUGACCCCCCAUCCCAGCGUGCAUAAUAUUGGCUUUCCCUUGUUUCAUUACGGUGCUGAUGCGCUAGCCUGAUGAAGUUCUUCAGUAACCAAGCAUCGAACCUUUGUACUUAGCCUUUGUCUAAACUUUUUUUUUCCGUCAUACUUCGCACCCACUGUUGUAAACUUGAUCGUCUCGAAUUCUUGCCAAUGAGUAUGCCCAAGGAUUAGUUUGUGAAAUUUUCCUGGGUGUCCGACAACUGACAGGUGAACGGUUCUGCAUAAAAUUUUACGGUCGAUGAAGAUCGGUUGUCUAGCCUGUGUAUCUCAAAGUGCUUCAUGAAGCAGCCUAGUCCACCAAAUUAGUGGGAAUCAAUUUAUGGAGUGCAAAGUGGCCACACUUACUUGCCGGUGGAGCCCUUUCACGUGGCUAUCCACAUAACCUACUCUGUCCGUUGGAGCAAAUUGGCAGGGGAAGAGGUCAACAGUGGGAAAAGAGGAACCCUAGAGAUUUUCCCGAGGGACCCGAAAGACGAAAGUGUAGAUCAAAAAAACGUAAAAUAUAGCAGAAUUAUUGAAGCUGGAGCGGAACACUCAAUAGUAGUUGUCAUUUCCUCAAGGUCUACGCCCGGUUCUUCAGUCAUGAAUAUCCUCCCACUCGUCGGAAACGGCUCGGUCUUGAAAUUUAAUGCUGUGAGGCAUAGUGUCUCGACAUAACUGCGCAUCCCAUAUGAUAGCGAAUAAAAUUAUUUAAUUUCCUCGAUUCAUUAAUCUAGCCCUAAAUUUCUUCAUAAACCUACAUUUCCUUGUAUCCAAUGCAUCGAGCUUUGAACUUACUGAUGUAGGCGCAAGCAUUCAUAUAUAUAUGCAUAUGUACGUAUUUUUGGUACUGAAGUUCAACCUAUUGUUGCUUCAAAACUGUGGGCACUCGUCGAGUUUUAGAUGCAGCCCGAAAAAUACACGGGUUCCAUAGUUUUCGACUCUGGUCUCUAUCUUUUAUCCGCCGCAAUUCAUAUAAAAGUUGCUCUUUUCUUGCAGGACGCUGAUAUAAUGUGGUUCCGAGACCCCAUGCCGUUCUUCUACAAAGACGGUGACUUCCAGAUCGCAUGCGACCGAUUCAACGGCAACCCCGACGACAGGACGAACAUCGUCAACGGAGGGUUCAAAUAUAUAAAGUCCAACGAAAAAACAAUAAAGUUCUACAAGUACUGGUACGAGAAAAGAGUGGAGCACCCGGGCGCUCACGACCAGGACGUGCUCAAUUACAUCAAGGGCGACCAAAUCCUCCACGACAUCGGGCUGAACUUGAAAUAUCUACCCACCGUACACUUUGGGGGGAUAUGCGAACCCAGCAGCGAUUUCAAUCAGGUCUCCACCAUGCACGCAAAUUGUUGUAUUGGAUUGAUAGAUAAGUUGAACGAUCUGAAGGUAAUACUGAAGGACUGGAGGCAGUACAAUACUCUGCCGCCCAGAGCGAAGGAACACAAGUGGGGAGUCCCCCAGCUCUGUAGGUUACCCAAUUAUUCACAAAACUUGUCCAUCUUUUGUUCAUUCUGGUCUCUUUUUUACUUUUUUACUCUUCUUCUACCUUUCAGUACUACGUCGCACCAUUAA